ACGAAGAGGAAGUCAACAUAUCCGUAACAGAACUAAAGAAAUUGAGGGAUUUGUAAUUUGUAUCCAAAAGCCUCAACUGUUUAGCUUUACUUUCUUAAUUCUUUUUAUGUUUUUAUUAUCUGGAAGAAAAAAAUCGAAGCAACAACAAUGGCAUUCAAUUUUAUGAUGAAUGACUAUUGCCUUGAGCCAACUUCAACUGGGUUUUCAUAUCAUCUCCCUGGUCAUCCUCAUCCGAAUAUUCCCCCAAUUUUGCCAACUACAAAUAAUUCUAUGCACACUCAUCCUGGUUCAACUCACACUCAUAUGAAUCAUGGACAUAAUCACACUCAUUCAGAUAAUUUAAAUAACAUUCCACAAAUGGCUCCACCAGGAUUAGGAUCAAUGGGACAAGGAGUAGGAGGUUUUUCAUAUCACCAGGAGCCAAUGAUCCGCCAAGACCCAGAACCAGCAAUGCCUGCAGGAACAGCUAAGAAAAAAUCUAAGAAAGAAAGAAAGCGGAGACAGUCAGGUACUAGUUUAUCAAGGGCAGAAUUAAAGCGAAGGAGAAAUGCAGGAGAGGAAUAUGUGACUAGAAAAGGCAAAGUUGUUGGCAAAAAAGAAUAUGAACCAAUAGAUUGUAAGUGUAGGUUAAACUGUACAGUUAAUGUGACUCAUAAUAUGAGAAAAUUGAUAUUUGAUCAGUUUCAUGCACUGGCUGACUGGAACAAUCAAACACAGUUUAUUGUUUCAUCAGUGACUGUUCUUGAUAUCAAAGAAAGAAAAAGAAGAAUCAAACAGGAAAUACAAUCUCCAAAAACCAAAAGAUCAUCAUCCAGACUUUUUCACCUAACAAAUAAAAAAAUUCGUGUGUGUAAACCUGUAUUUCUUUCUGCAUUAGGAAUCACAAACAAAAGAUUAGAUUAUGCUCUUAGGUAUAAAGCCCUUCCUUUGACAGCCUUGGCCACACCUGACUUCAGAGGUAAAAAAGGUCCUCUGAAUAAAACACCAGCUGAAGUAGAAGACAGAAUACGGGCCCAUAUCAAAUCUUUUCCAAAGUCACCCAGUGCUCAGGGAAAACUAAAUAAAGGCAUUCAAACUUUACCACCUGACCUAACCAUUUCAAAGAUGUAUUCCCUUUAUCAAGAGCAGUGCCAAAGUGAAGGUAUCGCAGCAGCAUCAAUGUGGGUUUAUGCCAAAAUCUUUCAUUCAGAAUCUAAAGUACACUUGGCAGUUCCAAAAAAAGAGCCAUGCAAAACUUGUGAAAAGACUAAAAUAAUUUUAUAUAGUGGUAAUGAGCCAGAAAAAAUAAUUCAAAUGUUGAUGAAAGAAUAUCAAGACAGACCAUCACAGAACAUAAACACAUUCAUUGAUUUCUCACAUGCAGAUUACACAGCAUAUUCUCAAAAAAAGAACUAAGUGCCAAGGACUAAGGUAGAAUAAAUAGGUAAUAAAAUGGUUGUGUGGCUUCCUCACUGUUCUUGUCUCAAAUGUGACUUAAAUCAUCUGUCACUCCAUUAUAACAAGAAGUUUUUCUGUGUUGAAAUCUGCCUUACUUUAAAGCACACAGGAGUCUUCUUCCAUAUCAGACAAUAGUUAAUUAAUAGGUCUUUAAUAUUUUUAUAUUUUGCUAAUGUAAUGAAUUUUUAUGAUUUUUCAAAAAUGGAAUUAUUCAUUUUUUUCUCAAGCAUAAUGUUUAAAUAUAUUUUUUAUUUACAGUAAAGAACAAAUAAAGACAUAAUAUUAAAAUUAGACCUAGCAGUUAUUAUUUUAUCAAACUUAGUUAAUGUAUUAAAUACUGGUAUCAGUUAUUUUGCAGAUGUUUUUUAUGCCUAUCUAGGUCAAUAAACAUGACUUUAAAAGCAAAAUGGUUCAUUAUAAACAUUUAAAACUUAUUAUUUAAAUACAGUUUCUGAAAAUUGUUAAAGUUAUCUUGUGUAAUUAUUUAAAUAAAUAAACCUCUCACCUAAAAGAACGUCAUAACGUAGAUCAGGAUAAAAGAUCACCAACCUGUUAAUGUCUUUUGUUCCAUAUGAUUUUAAAUAACUUUUUUUUCUUUACCUUCCUUAGGUAUUCAUUUGUAUUUUUGUACAAUCAAUUGAUCAAUGAGUUGAUUUGACUCUUACACAAUUUUACUUUAAUUCCCCAGCAUUUGCAUAACGUAUGGAAAUUGAAUAUCCCAUAAUUUUAGCAUUUAUAUUUUGAAGGACAAUAUUUUUUUACACUUGUGAUAAUUUAAUUUUUACUUUUUUAAAACCCACAAGUCUUGUUACCAACAUGCUUAUUAAAUCUUUUGAGCAUACAUUUUAUACAUUUACUAGCCUACAUUUUCUACAGUUUAGCUGAAUGGUGUGCUCAUUUUAAUUUUAUUGUAAGAUUCAUGAUAAUUCAUCAUCAUUUCUCUUACGUUAGAAGCAGGUUUAUCUCCCCUCCUCUAGACUACGUAAUGUCCAGUUAAACUGUAGACUCUAAAUUUAUUCAACAAGUAUUACACAUCCAAGAUUGUUGGUACAUCAGCCAGACAUUCCAGUUUAUUUCAUUACAGCAGUAUAGCUGGAUAGUUAUAUUUCUACAUUGGCACAUUAAAAUACACACCCACAUCUUAAAGCUCAAUGCAGCCCAAUCAUUAAUCAAGUUAAGAAAUAAAGUUUGAUUAAAAAGUUUUCUCUAUGUUUAAACAUCGCCAUUUUGUUAACUCACUGUUAUUAUUUGAAUUAAAACCAUUAUAGAGGCUCAACUCUCUCUGUUGGGUUAUGAUCACUGGGUUGGUUAGCAAACUAGCGCUCUUCUGCUGUUUUGUUAACCAUAUUUUGGACCUAAUUUUCAUGUAGUAAAAUAUAUUUCCAAUCACCCAGUGAUUGUUGUUAAAAUUAUAAUAUAUCAAUAGUAAAUGAUGCUGGGGGAAGUUUUGUUAAUAGCAACAUAUUUAACGACAGGUACAAGACACCAGCUAUUUCCUAUGACACAUUAUUUGUCCUACUAAAUUAAUCAUUUCUUAUUUAUGUUUACAUAAAUUGACAUUGAUUUCUAGUUUUAUUUAGGCUACAGUUUACAUUAGUAAACUUCUAUUAUAAGUCACACAGUCAUCAAAUAAUGUUCAUUUCCCUUGCCCCUAAUUAUAAUCAUGUCAUCAUUUUGUGUGUAGUCCUUAUGGAGUAUAUUCAAUGACAUAAUACAGUUCUGUGAGAUAAAAAUAUAUUAGCAUUCUUGUGGGGAUGUACAUUUGUAAUUUAUUCAAUCAUGUGACUGAGAUGUAUGCAUUUGUU